AGUGCCCUUCAGAGCCGCCAUGGGGCUGCGACUGGCCCGCCUAGUGGCCGUCUGCCUGGCCCUGGCCUUGGCUGGAGGCUCUGAGCUCCAGAGAGAGGCCAGACCCCGAAGCCAUGGUCACAGCGUCUGCAGCACCUGGGGUGACUUCCACUACAAGACCUUCGACGGGGACGUCUUCCGCUUCCCCGGCCUCUGUGACUACAACUUCGCCUCCGACUGCCGAGACUCCUACAAGGAAUUUGCCGUGCACCUGAAGCGCAGCCAGGGCCAGGGCGGGGGCCAUCCUCAGGUGGAGUCCAUCCUGCUGACCGUCAAGGAUGACACCAUCUACCUCACCCACCAACUGGUUGUGGUGAAUGGGGCCAUGGUCAGCACCCCACACUACAGCUCUGGGCUGCUCAUCGAGAAGAAUGAGGCCUACACCAAGGUCUACUCCCGCGCUGGUCUCUCCCUCAUGUGGAACCGUGAGGACGCGCUCAUGCUGGAGCUGGACAGCAGGUUCCAGAACCACACCUGCGGCCUCUGCGGGGACUUCAAUGGCCUGCAGUCCUACUUGGAGUUCCUCUCUGAAGGCAUCACAUUCAGUGCCAUUGAAUUUGGGAACAUGCAGAAGAUCAAUAAGCCUGAGGUGGUGUGCGAGGACCCCGAGGAGGUGCCCGCACCUGAGUCCUGCUCCAAGCACCGUGCUGAGUGCGAGAGAUUGCUGACCGCCGCGGCCUUCCAAGACUGCCAGGCCCGGCUGCCGCUGGAGCCGUACGUGCAGGCCUGCAUGCAGGAUCGCUGCCGGUGCCCGCAGGGGGGGGCCUGCGUCUGCAGCACCCUCGCCGAGUUCUCCCGUCAGUGCUCCCACGCUGGCGGCCGGCCGGGGAACUGGAGGUCGGCCUCCUUCUGCCCCAAGAGCUGCCCCGGGAACAUGGUUUACCUGGAGAGCGGCUCACCCUGCGUGGACACCUGCUCACACCUGGAGGUCAGCAGCCUGUGCGAGGAGCACCACAUGGACGGCUGUUUCUGCCCAGAAGGCACUGUGUAUGAUGACCUCACGGGCAGCGGCUGCGUCCCCGUCAGCCAGUGCCACUGCAAGCUGCACGGGCACCUGUAUGUGCCGGGCCAGGAGAUCACCAAUGACUGCGAGCAAUGUGUCUGCAAUGCUGGCCGCUGGGUGUGUAAAGACCUGCCGUGCCCUGGGACCUGCACCCUGGAGGGUGGCUCCCACAUCACCACCUUCGAUGGGAAGAAGUUCACCUUUCAUGGGGACUGCUACUACGUCCUGACCAAGGGCGCCCACAACGACUCCUUCACCCUCCUGGGCGAGCUGGCCCCCUGCGGUUCCACAGACAAGCAGACCUGCCUGAAGACAGUGGCCCUGCUGACAGACAGGAAGAAGAACGUGGUGGCCUUCAAGUCGGACGGCAGCGUGCUACUCAACGAGCUGGCAGUGACCCUGCCCCACGUGGCUGCCAGCUUCUCCAUCUUCCAACCCUCCUCCUACCACAUCGUGGUCAACACGGCCCUCGGGCUGCGGCUGCAGGUGCAGCUGGUGCCCGUCAUGCAGCUCUUCGUGACGCUGGACCAGGCUGCCCAGGGGCAGGUGCAGGGGCUCUGCGGGGACUUCAACGGCCUGGAAAGUGACGACUUCAGGACGGCGGGUGGCCUGGUGGAGGCCACGGGGUCCAGCUUCGCCAACAGCUGGAAGGCCCAGGCCAGCUGCCACGACAAGCUGGACUGGCUGGACGACCCCUGUUCCCUCAACAUCGAGAGUGCCAACUAUGCGGAGCACUGGUGCUCCCUCCUCAAGAAGGCGGAGACCCCCUUCGGCAGGUGCCACCUGGCCGUGGACCCCACUGAGUAUUACAAGAGAUGCAAGUACGACACCUGCAACUGUCAGAACAACGAGGACUGCCUGUGCGCAGCGCUGUCCUCCUACGCGCGGGCCUGCGCCACCAAGGGCGUCAUGCUGUGGGGCUGGCGGGAGCGCGUCUGCAACAAGGACGUGGGCUCCUGCCCCAAAUCUCAGAUCUUCCUGUACAACCUGACCACCUGCCAGCAGACCUGCCGCUCGCUCUCUGAGGGGGAAACCCACUGUCUCAAAGGCUUCACGCCCGUGGACGGCUGUGGCUGCCCUGACCACACCUUCUUGGAUGAGAAGGGCCGCUGUGUGCCCCUGGCCAAGUGCUCCUGCUACCACCGAGGCCUCUACCUGGAGGCGGGGGAUGUGGUCUUGAGGCAGGAGGAGCGCUGUGUCUGCCGAAAUGGGAGGCUGCACUGUACGCAGGUCAAGCUGAUCGGCCAGAGCUGUGCGGCCCCAAAGAUCCUUGUCGACUGCAACAACCUGACUGCCCUGGCCACCCGAGAGCCCCGGCCCACCAGCUGCCAGACGCUGGUCGCUGGCUAUUACCAUACGGACUGUGUCAGUGGCUGCGUGUGCCCUGAGGGGCUCCUGGAUGAUGGCCGGGGUGGCUGUGUGGUGGAGGAGGAGUGCCCGUGUGUCCACAACAAGGACCUGUACUCCCCUGGGGACAAGAUCAAGCUAGACUGCAACAACACCUGCACCUGCCAGAGGGGACGCUGGCAGUGUACCCAGUUCCUGUGCCACGGCACCUGCUCCAUUUACGGGAGCGGCCACUACAUCACCUUUGACGGGAAGCACUAUGACUUUGAUGGACACUGCUCCUACGUGGCUGUCCAGGACUACUGCGGCCAGAACUCCUCAACAGGCUCCUUCAGCAUCAUCACUGAGAAUGUCCCCUGUGGCACCACUGGUGUCACCUGCUCCAAGGCCAUCAAGAUCUUCAUAGGGAGGACGGAGCUGAAGCUGGAGGACAAGCGCCGGCAAGUGGUCCAGCUUGAGGAGGGCCACCACGUGGCCUACACCACGCGGGAAGUGGGCCAGUACCUGGUGGUUGAGGCGAGCUCCGGCAUCAUCGUCAUCUGGGACAAGAAGACCACCAUCUUCAUCAAGCUGGCUCCGUCCUACAAGGGCACUGUGUGCGGCCUGUGCGGGAACUUUGAUGACCGCACUAGCAACGACUUCACCACGCGGGACCACAUGGUGGUGAGCAGCGAGCUAGACUUCGGGAACAGCUGGAAGGAGGCCUCCACCUGCCCAGACGUGAGCACCGUCCCGGACCCCUGCAGCCUGAACCCGCACCGCCGCUCCUGGGCGGAGAAGCAGUGCAGCAUCAUCAAGAGCAGCGUGUUCAGCGUGUGCCACAGCAAGGUGGACCCCACGGUCUUCUACGAGGCCUGCGUGCAGGACUCCUGUUCCUGCGACACCGGGGGCGACUGCGAGUGCUUCUGCUCUGCCGUGGCCUCCUACGCCCAGGAGUGCACCAAGGCGGAGGCCUGUGUGUUCUGGAGGACACCGGAUCUGUGCCCCAUAUUCUGUGACUACUACAACCCCCCGGACGAGUGUGAGUGGCACUAUGAGCCGUGUGGGAACCGCAGCUUUGAAACCUGCAGGACCAUCAACGGCAUCCACUCCAACAUCUCUGUGUCCUACCUGGAGGGUUGCUACCCCCGAUGCCCCAUGGACAGGCCCAUCUACGAUGAGGACCUGAAGAAGUGUGUCACUGGGGACAAGUGUGGCUGCUAUGUUGGGGACACCCGCUACCCCCCUGGAGCACAGGUUCCCACGAAGGACAUCUGCACAUCUUGUGUGUGCACUGACUCCUCACAUGUGGUCUGCCACCCGGACGAAGGGAAGAUUCUCAACAAGACUCAGGACGGUGUCUUCUGCUACUGGGAGUUCUGUGGCCCCAAUGGGACAGUGGAGAGGCACUUCAACAUCUGUGUAACUACCACGGCACCCCCGUCCACGCCGACUUCCUCCACCACCUCUGUCCCCACCACCUCCUCUGUCCCCACCACCACCACCACCACCACCACCACCACCCCCUUCACCAGCAGAGAGCCCUGCUGCUUCUGGACUGACUGGAUCAACGAGGACCACCCGAGCAGCGGCAGCGAUGGUGGUGACCGAGAGACCUUUGACAGUGUCUGCAAGGCUCCAGAGGACAUCCAGUGCAGGUCGGCCACGGAGCCGCACCUCUCCUGGGAAGAGCUGGGCCAGAACGUACACUGCAACCUCUCCGUUGGGUUUAUCUGCAAAAACGAAGACCAGUUCGUGACCGGGCCCUUCGAACUCUGCUAUGACUAUGAGAUACGGGUGAAUUGCUGCCUACCAAGGUGGGAAUGCCCCACCUCGCACACGCCCAGGACCACGCCCCCACCCACGGCCACGCCCACACCCACGACCACGCCCACGACGACAGCCACACCCACAUCAACGACUGUCACUGUCACCACCACUGAGUCCACAGCUACGAGCAAAGCCACUCCUGUUGCUACGAGCACUGUCACCCCUACUCCCACUCCCACCAGCACUGGCACAGAGGUUCCCACCCCUACGGGCACAGUACCCACUACCGCGUCAACCGCGUCCACACCUGCAACGUCACCCUCCACCCCCGUGACCACUCAGUCAACCCCCUCCCUUUCCUCGGAGUCCACCACCCUUCCCACCACCCCUCUGACCACCAAGGAGCCUUCUAGCACCCCAACGUCACCCAGAACGACACCCCCUGUGGCCACUGUGACUUCAGGCAGCACUCCUGGACCUGAGGCCUCCACUUCGGGCACCACCCCAACCUCACCAGGCACACCCAUCUCGACGACCACUCCCCACACUGUGUCGACAACCACCGUGGGGACCCCCACCAGGACAGGGCCCUCUACCAUGCCGACCACACUGGAGACCACCCUGGCCACGUCCACCCCGAUUGAGACUCCCAGCACCCCGUGGGAGACGGGCACUUCGACCACCUGCUGCGUGUUGAAUGACACAUACUACAUCCCAGGUGACGUGGUGUACAACAACACCAUUCGGGACACCUGCUACUACGUGAACUGCUCCGUUGACUGUGAGUUGCAGUACUUCAACUGGUCCUGCCCGUCCACGCCUACCCCAACGCCCACUUCCUCGAUGCCCACUCCGUCCUCGGUGGCCACGCCCUUGACACCCUCAACACCCAAGCCCUCCACGCCGGCGACCACAUCCUCCAAGCCGACACCCGGCACCACCAAGCCCACCGGGUGCCUAGAUUUCGAUCCUCCGAGACAGGAGAACGAGACCUGGUGGCUGUGUAACUGCACCAUGGCCAUCUGCAAGCACGACAACGUGGUGGAGAUCGUGGAGAAGGAGUGCCAGCCCCCGCCCAUGCCCACCUGCUCCAAUGGCCUCAAGCCCGUGCGCGUCAUGGAUCCGGACGGCUGCUGCUGGCACUGGGAGUGUGACUGCUACUGCACGGGCUGGGGGGACCCGCACUACGUCACCUUCGACGGCCUGUACUACAGCUACCAGGGCAACUGCACCUACGUGCUGGUGGAGGAGGUGACCCCGCAGGUGGACAACUUCGGGGUCUACAUUGACAACUACCACUGUGACGUCAACGACCAGGUGUCCUGCCCCCGCACACUCAUCGUGCGCCACGAGACCCAGGAGGUGCUGAUGCAGACCACGCAGAUGAUGCCCCUCAAAGUGCAGGUGCAGGUCAACAAGCAGGCGGUGGCCCUGCCCUACAAGAAGUACGGGCUGCAGGUCUACGAGUCAGGCAUCAGCUUCGUGGUGGACAUCCCCGAGCUGGGCGCUCUCAUCUCCUACAACGGGCUGUCCUUCUCCAUCAGGCUGCCCUACCGCCUGUUUGGCAACAACACCAAGGGCCAGUGUGGCACCUGCACCAACAGCACUGCGGACGACUGUGUGCUGCCAAGUGGAGAGAUCACCUCCAACUGUGAGGCCGCAGCUGACCAGUGGGUGGUGAAUGACCCCUCCAAGCCACACUGUCCCCACGGCAGCUUCACCACCAGGCGCCCGGCCCUCACAACGCCAGGGGGCAGCCCCUCCACACUGCCCGAGAACUGCACCCCGUCUCCCCUCUGCCAGCUCAUCAAGGACAGCCUGUUCUCCCAGUGCCACGCCUCCGUGCCGCCCCAGCACUACUACGAAGCCUGCGUGUUUGACAGCUGCUUCGUGCCUGGCUCUGGCCUGGAGUGCGCCAGUGUGCAGGCCUACGCGGCCCUCUGUGCCCAGCAGGGUGUCUGCGUUGACUGGCGGGACCACACCCACGGGGCCUGCUCUGUGACGUGCCCAUCUCACAGGGAGUACCGGGCCUGUGGCCCCCCACAAGAGCCCACCUGCCAGUCCAGCCCCUCCCCGCAGAACUCCAGCAGCCUGGUGGAGGGCUGCUACUGCCCCGAAGGCACCAUGAGCUACGCCCCGGGCUUCGAUGUCUGCGUGAAGACCUGCGGCUGUGUGGGACCCGACAAUGUGCCCAGAGAGUUUGGGGAGCGGUUCGUGUUCGACUGCAAGGACUGCGUCUGUCUGGAGGGUGGCAGUGGCAUCGUGUGCCAGCCCAAGCAGUGCAGCCAGAGGGCUCCGGUCAAGUGUGAGGAGGACGGCACCUACCUGGUCACCGAGGUGGACCCUGCCGACACCUGCUGCAGCAUCUCCCUGUGCAAGUGCAACACCAGCCUGUGCAGAGAGGAGCCCCCCUCGUGCCCACUGGGAUUCCAGGUGAAGAGCAGGAUGGUGCCCGGAAGGUGCUGCCCUGUCUACUCCUGUGUGCCCAAGGGUGUGUGUGUGCACCAGAACGCAGAGUACCAGCCUGGCUCCCCAGUGUACUCCUCCAAGUGUCAGGACUGCGUGUGUACCCACGCCGUGGACAACAGCACCCAGCUCCAUGUCAUCACCUGCACCCAUGUGCCCUGCAACGUCUCCUGUGACCCUGGCUUUGAACUUGUGGAGGACCCUGGCCAGUGCUGCAAGAAGUGUGAGCAGACCCACUGCAUCAUCAACAGGCCCAAAAGCCAGUACCUCAUCCUGAAGCCCGGGGACAUUCAGAGCAACCCCAACAACAAGUGCAUGUUCUACAGCUGCAUGAAGGUCCACAACCAGCUCAUCUCCUCAGUCUCCAACAUCUCCUGCCCUGACUUUGACCCCAGCCGCUGUGUCCCAGGCUCUAUCACACUGAUGCCCAAUGGAUGCUGCCAGAGAUGCAUCCCUCUCAACGAGACCAGGGUCCCCUGCGCCACCAUCCCAGUAAUCAGGGAGAUCUCAAGGGCCGGCUGCACCAAGAAUGUCACCAUGAACUACUGCUCCGGGUCCUGUGGGACUUUCGCCAUGUACUCGGCGCAGGCCCAGGCCCUGGACCACAGGUGCUCUUGCUGCAAGGAGGAGAGGACCAGCGAGCGCGAGGUGGUGCUGGACUGCCCCAACGGGGGCACGCUGGCUCACACCUACACGCACAUCGAGAGCUGCCUGUGCCAGGACUCCGUGUGCGGGCUCCCGCUGGCGGGGCAGAGCCGCGUCCGCCGCUCCAGCCCCCGGCUUCUAGGGAAGGCGUGAGCCGGGAGGCGCUGCCCCCACCGCUGACCUGCCUCGCCCCUUCGCCCCUGGGCUUGCAUUCCUCUCUGCAGAUAUUUAUUUUCUGAGGCUUUGUUGGAUCUUUCGCUUUCUGAUAAUAAACUCAGGCAGAGAUACUGUA